AUGGCAUUCUUACCUCCGAAGAAGCCAUCAAGGAAGCCAAUGCCGAAGCUUGAAAUACCAAAGCUCGAUAACGCUCCUGGGAUGAGUUAUCAGCUGGAUACGCACGACGCGCGAAAACCAUCUCUAUCGCUAGCCAUACCAUCAAAUGAAGAAUUGCAGCCAUCACAGCCAUCUUCUUCAAAUCUCGACUACGACAAGACAGUCUACGCAGCACCCGCUCCACCUCCUCGACCACCCAAACCACAGGAUUUGGAAAUACCACUGGGCGACGAUUACGACAUGAACCCGCGUGAUCUCGCUGUCAUCGAUAAACUUGGUGAGGGCGCUGGUGGCUCCGUCGUUAAAGUCAAGCAUAAGCUCACAGAUAUGGUGAUGGCUAAGAAAUCCAUGUCAACUUCCCCGGAUCCUGCCAUCCACAAACAGCUACUGCGUGAGCUAUCAUUCUUAAAGCACUGCCAGCAUUCAACUAUUAUCAAAUACUACGGCGCUUAUCUAACUUCAGAAAACACGGAAAUCGACGUAUGCAUGGAGUACGCAGAGGGUGGCAGUCUCGACAGAAUCUACAAACAUAUACGUAAGAGACAGGGAAGGACUGGCGAGAAGCCACUCGGGAACAUUGCUUUCAGCGUCCUCCGAGGGCUCGAAUAUCUCCACAGCAAGAGAAUCAUUCACAGAGAUAUCAAGCCAUCGAACAUUGUCAUCACGCGGAAUGGUCAAGUCAAGCUAUGUGACUUUGGUGUAUCUGGAGAACUCCAAGGUAGUAUAGCAGAGACAUUUACCGGUACUCAGUUCUAUAUGGCUCCUGAACGAAUGGAUGCAAAAGGACAGGGAUACAGAGUAAAUUCUGAUGUUUGGUCGCUAGGACUCACACUGCUCGAGGUAGCCAUGAACAGAUAUCCGUACCAAGAAGCCAACGAAGAGCCUCUGGGCCCGAUAGAGCUGAUAAAUAUGAUCACGCUAUCCAAACCACCGGAACUAUCAGAUGAGCCAGAAAUAGGUCUCAAAUGGUCGUCUGGCAUCAAGGCAUUUGUGAGAAAAUGUCUAGAUAGAGAUCCAGCAACGCGUCCAUCGCCUUCUCAACUCCUCCAAGAUAGCUGGGUGAAAAAGACGAGCCAGAAAUUCCCUGCUGAUCGUUUGGCAGUUUGGCUGGCUCAAGUGUGGGAAUGGGAAAUACCUCUAGUCAACACGCCUCCAACUCAAACUAAACCGCUGAAACUCGAGAAAAGAGCGCAGCAACCUAUGUCCGCACGCUCUGCUAACUCUGCCACAUCAUCGCGCUCUUCACAAACUCAGACACCUUACCAAGACAAAAACAUAUACUACAAUCUUAAUGACUAA